CCUUUAAGCAGCCCUAAAGUAGUUUGAAAGCUGUGAGCCUAAUGAAAGCUUCCACUCUACAUUUUAACACCUUUAAGCAGCCGUAAAACGGUUUGAUGUUUAUGGCUGUUGAGAAGCAGAUUGUUUAGCAGAAAAAUCCGCUAUUAAGCUUGUUUAUCAGCUUUUGGGAGAGAACUGAUUUGAAAAACUUAAAGUAGCUUAAACAUCGCUUAUUUAAACACCAUUUAAGUGCUUACUUUAUGCAGCUUUGAUCGCCUUAAACCGACCCGUAAACAGCCAUUGCUCUUGCAAUUCAGCUACCGUUGUUACUUGGGUACGUAGUAUUUCCGCACCAUUUUUCGCAAGAAUCAAGUGUGUUUAACCUACCAACGCUGUAUGAUUAUUAUUGAUCUGCACAAGUUAAAUGUAAACAAGUUUGACAUUUGUAGUACAGUACAUAGCAAAACAGAACAUAACCUGUAAAUAACCCGCAAUGCCAGCGCCAAUACUAAGUAUAUACUUGUUAAUUCUAUCUUCACUUGUCUGUGGACUAUGAGGUCUGUUGGAUGGCAAUAGAAAUAAAUACUCAAUGCCCGUGUGUUUUAUAUGGAGCUGUCACUUUUGCCUGCCCAACAGAUCUCCAAUACAAAUGCACUCUGCAAACACCCUAUGGAACCUAUAAAGGACGCACAAAAGUGUUCAUGUUCACCGAUGCAUCAAAAGAAGGGCACUCAUGUGGAAUUGGAAUUUACGUAGAAGGAAUAAAUAAAAGCAUAACUUACCAUCUUGCGAACGAAGUGAGCAUUACGGAAGCAGAGCUUAUUGCGAUCAAAGUAGCACUAUACACUAUAGCAGAAAGCAAUCUGCAGGAAGCUGUGAUAUAUACAGAUUCACGAGCAGCCUGUGAAAUCUUGAAGUUGGCAAAAGAACAGGACGAACGCGAAGAAAUAGUAGAUGAAAUAUUGGAAACAGCAGAUAAGUGGAACAUCUCAUUACAAUGGAUACCUAGUCACAUUGGAGUGAUCGGCAAUGACAUAGCAGACAAAUUAGCAAAAAGAGGUACAAUAGAUGGUCAAAUCUUAGAAAAUAAAAUUUCUUACAAAGAUGCUUACUGGAUAUUAAAAAGUCGUAAAACACUAAAAACUAAUACAUGGUACAAUGACUACGCCAAAGAGAAAGGACAAACAUUUUUCCAGUUGCAACCAGAGAUCAAAGCGAAACCUUGGUUUAUUGGUCUUACACUGAAUGGACAACAAGUUCGAUUACUAAAUCGUUUAAUGGCAGGACAUGAUUGGUCCAAGUAUUGGAAACACAAAAUGAAAAUAACGGAGAACCCAAAUUGCGAAAUAUGUGAAGAAAGCGAGACGGCCGAACAUCUUAUUUUACACUGUACAAAAUUCAACAACAUACGCAUAAAAUACUCAUUCAUAAAAUACAAAAAACUAAUAGAUGUAUUUAAAACAAAAAACACAAGUUUAUAUAAAGAAAUUACAGACUUUGUAAAAGAAACCGGUCUAGAAAUAUAAAAGACCGUAAGCAACCGAUACCUUAUAUACAACAGGGCAUACACACUUAAUUCCAAAAUAAAGUCUCGGUAAAGUAAAAUACCGAACUACACAAAAAUAGGCCUGUUUUCCCGUGAUAUUGGUAAACAUUUCUCGUUUUACCGUAAUCCGUAACUUGGAAAAUUAUUUUACUGAGAUAUCGGAAAUGAAGCUUAUUUACCGAGAUACUGCAAUCUUAUUUGCCGAGAAGAUCAGUAAAACAGUAAACCCCCGAGCUCAGUAAAAUAAAGUGCCGAAUCUAGGUACUUCAAUAUCGUUUUAACGAAAUUUCGUUAAAUGCUACUGAAAAAAGCCACAAACUGUGUUACCGAGAUUUCGGAAAGCAAUGUCAAAAAUUAACUGUGCGCGAUGGACAGCAGUUUUGUUACCGGUAAAGUUAAAAUGGCUAUCAUCCGGUCUAAGAACCCUACCAGAGGCUGUAAGCGCACGCGUGAUGCAACCGCAACACCUUUGAACCAAUGCAAUGGAUUGGAGUAAGUUUUUUUUAUUACUGUACUGAAUUUUGGAAGAUAAAAUAUGAAUAACAUUUCUCUAGGUUGACGAUUCCCUCCCAACCCAUAACGUGAAUCCAGCGCUAAUAAUUCGUGGUGAGAUGUUGCAGUGUGGAGGCCAAUGCGUCAUCUCAUGGAAAGAAUAAAACAUUCCCGUUGGCUGUUGCCAUGCAGUAGUAGGCUUUCUUAGACUAUGCGAAUGUUACGAUGUAUUUGCCACCAACUGCAUGCCCAACGACAAGCAAUUCUUUGUGUUUAACAGAGCAACAAUUUUUUCAAUAGGCAAAUUAACCACUACAGGUGAAAAAUUUGCUCGUUCUACGUGGUUCUACCAUUAACUUUGCCUUUAUAUUUCUUUUAAC